UGCUUGUUGCAGCUACACGUUGGGUUCUUGGUGCUCCUUUGUGGGGUUCUUUCUCGUGCAAGGCCACAAUUUCCACGCGGUCCAAAUUUCUUGCAGUUUGUUGUAAACGCUACGGAGUUGCCAUCAGAAGACUACUAUGACUACAUAAUUGUAGGAGGAGGCACUGCAGGGUGUCCGUUGGCAGCGACAUUAUCGCGAUCUUACCGAGUACUUGUACUGGAACGCGGUGGAGUUCCCUAUGGCAGACCAAACUUGAUGACCCAAGAAGGCUUCUUGACUACACUAAUGGAAACUGAUACAUUCGACUCUCCCGCCCAAGCUUUCACAUCUGAGGAUGGCAUCCCAAAUGCCAGAGGCCGCGUUCUUGGAGGCAGUAGUGUCAUUAAUGCCGGCUUUUAUAGCCGAGCUGAUGAAGAUUUUUAUCAGAAUUCGGGUUUCAAUUGGGAUCUUAGAGUUGUGAAUCAGUCUUAUCAGUGGGUUGAGGGAGCAAUUGUGUUUAGGCCUGAGUUAAGGAACUGGCAAUCUGCGGUUAGAGACAGCUUGUUGGAGGCUGGCAUUGAUCCCUAUAAUGGGUUCAAUUUGGAUCAUGUCGUGGGGACUAAGAUUGGUGGUUCCACUUUUGAUAGUCUAGGGAGAAGACAUAGUGCUGUUGAUCUUCUUAGUUAUGCCAAAGCUUCGAAUAUUAGAGUUGGCAUUUACGCAAGUGUUGAGAGGGUAUUGUUGGCAUCUUCUUCUACAAGUUCAGAGUCCAGACAGUCGGCAAUUGGCUUGGUUUAUCGUGACCAAAUGGGAGGAUAUCACCAUGCGAUGGUGAGGGAACACGGUGAGGUUAUACUCUGUGCUGGUGCCAUUGGAAGUCCUCAGUUGUUGCUGUUAAGUGGAAUCGGUCCACGUCCUUACCUCGCAUCAUGGGGAAUUCCAGUUGCUUAUCAUCAUCCCUAUGUGGGUGAAUACCUCUAUGAUAACCCCAGAAAUGGCAUCUCAAUUUUGCCUUCAGUUCCACUAGAACACUCAUUGAUACAAGUGGUUGGGAUAACUGAAAUGGGAGCUUAUAUUGAAGCAUCUUCCAAUGUGAUUCCUUUUGCAUCUUCUGGUUCCUCUGCUUUUGCAGCCACAUCAUCCUCACCCCUUUAUCUCACUGUGGCCACACUC